ACAAAGAACUGACAGACAGCAUCACGUGAAAAGGCCGCGUCUCACUACUAAGGUUUCCUUAUUAGAAGGAAGGAAGCGGAAAAACCGAGUGGAAAAUCUUCCCUUGUUAGAUGGUAAGUAUAUUGGAGAAAUGCUAAAAACCGCACGCCGACGAAAGAACUAAUUACCAAUGUCUUUAUCAUUGAUACUGAAUGAUGCACGAAGCCGGAUUAUUAUAAAACUCAUCAAGAAUUUAGACUGCCUUCAACUUUGAAUGCGAUUAACCGUAGUGGUUCUUUAUUUCGCAGUUUCUUGAGGGCUGAAACGGUAAACGAAACCUUGAGCAGUAAUUUAAUGAUCAUCAGUACCGUGAGUUUGACGAGUUUGUUUUGUGCCUUUUCUUCUUACAGCGAGGCGCGCAAGGAAAACAUCAUGGAUGUCAACGCACAGAAAACGAAAAUUCCAUCAAGAGGAAAACUUGGUGACUGUCUUCAAAAGGUUUCGUCGCUGUUGUCUGUUGCAGCCAUUCUGAUGACGGUUUCUCUCUUUGUAAGAACGGAGACAAACUCAAAAAUGCUGGAUUCAAAAUUUAUGUUGAAAAUUCAAGAAAUGGGGAAUGCUCUCGAAUCUGUGAGGGCUGCUUGCCAAGUUCUUCGUAAAGACUCAGACCUUUUCAAGAGUAGGUCAUUUAGAAGAGAAUUUUCUUAACAACUGCUCGUCGCUUGAACUCGACGAAUAAGCGUUUGGUUGGCGGGGUUGUACUAGACCUAUACGAAAGUAAGCCGAGCGCAGUCGGUUGCGACCACUUUUAGUCAAAGAAAACAGAUAACCAACCCCAUGCAUUUGAUGGACUUAAGAAAAUCAAUCCAAUGAAGUGCUUGUGUGUAUCACAUUUUAAUGUAAAUCAGCCUAUGAACAACUGAAAUGUAUUCGGGCAUUUCUCUUGAUUGCGAUAUGUUGAGUGAAGUUUUGAAAACACAGAUUUGACCUUAAUCAGAAACUUGACCCGUUUAUUGAAAUAAGUCACGACUGCAUAUUGUAUACUUAUCUUUCAAUAGAUUUUUUCAAACGAAUCAGUGGCUUCUCUUCGACUCGUCCUUUGCUGAAAAGGAUUUAAACAAAAGAUUUCCGAACAAAAUAAGUGGCAAAAAACGUGUUUUCCUUGUUUCGGUCAUGGAAUAAAAAGCCCUUUGUGAAGCUUAAAUCUGAUAUGAUCAAUGUUAAAAAAAAAGCAAAACAAAAACGGUUAACCCUUUCCGUUUUCUUUAGGUAGAAAACAGGACGUCAAAAUUGUUCGCCGCAGCUUAACGACUAAUCGGAACGACUCAGUUAAUCAAGCAGAAGCCGACACUGGUUUCAGGAAGUACAUGACCUCUAUUGUAACUGAGUCCAUAGGGACUUACUGCCUCUCCCCUGGUAAAGUCUGUGUGGCAGGACCUCGGGGACCAAGGGGAAUUCCGGGAAAUCGCGGUAAACGAGGUCCAAGGGGAUCUAAAGGAAAAACGGGAGGGAAAGGCAUUAUGGGAUCACCUGGCAAAUCUGGAAAACCAGGAAUGAAAGGAGAUGUUGGAAAUCCUGGAAUGAAGGGAGAAAAGGGUAUGAAUCAAGAGCUAUUGACAUUUUAUUUCUGUCUUUCCUUAUUCAUAUAUAAUAGUCAUUGUCAUUAGGAACAAAAUGAGUGGAAAUUUUGCUGGAAUCUAAAAACCACAAUUGCAAGAUUGAAACCAAGAGAUCAUAAGCGUUUCUUGAUUGAGACAAAUUGUUAUCUGUUACAAUAAAUGUAUCUUCAACUUGUGGCGGUUAAUUUCUUUUUUUUUUUUUCUUGGGAUGGAAUUUGUUCGUAAUCCGUAAGUCUAAUAUAGUUAACAAAUUUAACUUUGAACAAUAAGUUUCUGAUAAGAUGCCAAGGCUAGUAAAAUCUUAAAAAAUUAAAAAUAAAAAUCUGGAGGUUCAUUGUCGGGCACAAAUCUAUCAUAAAAUGCAAAAUGGAUGCGAUCUGCACCCAAGGGUGAGCAGGCUUCCUCCAUGUCUUCAUAGCCAAUCUUUACUACGCCAUAUAAUUUCGCUCCGACAGUUGUAAGACAUUUCCCUACACUUCCGUUUAAGCGUUUGCUAUAUGCCUGUCUAUAUUCUUUAAGGCGACAAAGGAGUUCCUGGUCAUCCAGGACCUAAAGGUGAACCUGGCCAGUCCAUAUCUGCUCCAAAAGUUGAUGUUUCUCCUGCCUCACAUACAAUCACUGAGAACCAGACCGCCACGUUUAGCUGUUCAGCUGAUGGCAAUCCAAAACCCAGAGUAACUUGGAGUAAAAUGAGCGGUACAGGACAAGUCAAUAUGAACGGUCACGAUAAUACAUUGCAGAUCAAAAAUGCUACUUAUAACGACUCAGGAAGCUAUGUUUGUAUGGCCACAAGUAUCAUGGGAAAAGCUCAGAAGACGGUGAAACUUACAGUUGAAGGUGAUGCUGACAAUGGAAAUACUUGAUGUCGCGCGUCAUUCCUAGGGAAGCAGUCAUAUACUCUGUUGGUGACGGCCGAUUCCCCCUCCUUUCUUCCUGAAAACCGUGAGCCUCCCCCCUCUCCCCUCAAAAUCCUUUAACCUUCCCCUCCUCCUUCCCGGGCGAUAAACGAAUCAGUAAUUGGUUCGUUAAAGUCAGUUUAUGUUAUCAAUUUAUAAUGUUGGUUUCCUUUUAAAUUUAGCUCCUCCACGUUUCAUCCAUACUCCCGCGAGGCUUACUAAAGUCCCUGCGAACUCAGUCGCCUCUGUUCGUUGUCAAGCUUUUGGUUUUCCACCACCAACUAUGGUUUGGUCGAGAGAAUUUGUCCCAUUACCGCAAGGCCGGACCAACAUUACUAAGAAUGGCACCCUUAUUAUCACCAACUUUGGUCCUCUAGACAGUGGUACAUAUCAGUGUAAAGCCAGCAACAAGCUUGGAUCUGCUAAUGUGCUAACAACCUUACAUUAUGAUGAACAAGGUCAGGAAACUUACGUUUUUAAUUUUAACUAAAAUUUUUUUCAUUAUUUCAAGGAGGGUUUAUAUGCAACCGGAAGCGAACGCAAUCCUUUGCCAACAGUCGACUGCAUUAAAUGAAUUUAUUCAAAUUCUAUUUGUUCUAAGAGCCUACUACAUGACUUACAGUAUACAGGUGAGUGUUACGAAAACCAAGAGAAAGGUGAAGGUCCGGAUCCACAAGAUCUCACACUCUCUUAGGUUUUUACACUCUCUCAGUGACGUAAGGAACAUUUCAAACUUGUUACCCAUACAGUAAACUUUAACACCCCUGUUUAAAUUCAAAAGAUUCAUGUUGAUCACGCCUCUGUUUACAUUUGUGUUAUCGCCUCUGUUUUUGUUUACAUACAGGCAACUAUGGGUAGCAUCCCCCUUUAAGUUUUACUGAUAACAUUUCAUGGUAUAUUUGACCGCUUCUGACUGACUAAGAUAAAAAAUUGACACCGAAAUGCGUUCUUCACUCAUAUGUUCCAAAAUUGUACAACUAAAAAUUAAUUAGACCAAAGACAAAUCACCAGAAAUUUUUUUCUUAAUUUUCAGUAUAAUUUCUAUGCAAAAGUGGUUGACUGCUUCGUAGGGAAAAUUUUCGCUCCUAUAAAAUUCUUUAUAUCUGCAAAGUGUACAGACUUUCGCUUGAUAAUGAAGAUGAGGAUGAAAAAAAUGCUUACUAGAGAAACAAACUUGUAAGGAAUUAGCUGGUGUUGAUGCCAUUUAUAUUUAAAUUUUUGAAAAAUUGCAUCGCUUGUUAUUUCUAAUUAUAGUUAGACUUUGAUUUAUCGUUUUCCCCUGCGACAAUAUUCAUAAUGGUCAAAGUUACUAAGAAGAUCCGUUAACCGUUAGCCAUAAAUGGCAAACAUUUCUAGCUGUUUGGCGUAAAAAAACGUUAAUCGUAAAAAGGUUUUAUUUAAUCACAAAGGAAGGAAGUCAAUCGUUAACCGUGAAAUGGCCAAAAUGUUAACUGUUAGCCGUAAAAGCCAUCACCCCACUGAAACAUAUCAAACUCUUUCCCCAGUGCGACGAACAUUUGUUUUUCUCGGUUCCAGGUGUACGCAACAACUAACCCCACGUAAUGCGCAUGCUCUCCGUUACGAAUUUCAAAAUGGCGGACAAGCCAAAGAAAGAAAAAAACAAAGCGAUUUUGCAAUGAAUACUCAACAUAAACCCUCGUUAGAAAGGCGAAUCCACGGAGGAAAGAUACAAAACUGUAUGAUACUGAGAUCGAUAUGAUAUUAAAUCGAUACCGAAAGCCCGUUUCCAACUUGCUUAGAAGCGCAUUAAUUGCCUUCCGCCACGAUCACUAGCUUUCUUGACAGCCUUCUGAAGACAGAAUACUUUCUUUCUGAAGACUUCUAAUGUGCGGCUAUUGAUUAUUACACCUCAUAUACCUGAUUGCUCAAACACUUUGUUUACGAUUGUUGAAAGGACCGACUCAUGGUUCUCCGUCUUCGUCUUUACAUUGCUUUGAAAUAGUAUAGACUAGUAAGCUGAAACGAAAAACUAAUCAGGGAUGUUUACGAAAAAUCCAGCAAACAAGCUUAAAAAGAGCAUUUAUUUAGACUUCGUACUUCAACGAACUUCACAAAUCUUACUAGUUUAUCUUGUAAGUAAACGAUGGCAGACUAAUUCCCGAAGCGCUUUCUGAGUUUCCCAAUUCCUCUCCUACUGCUUUUACGCUUACAAAACAGGAAAAAAUCAAAAGGAGGAAGAUACAGCUGUUUUGAAACGCCAUUUGACGAGGGUAAAUCUGCUUUUUGUUCGACACUUUACAUAUCAAAACAAAGGAAAUUUGUUCUUCUUUCUGAUUCUGGCGGUACAUUUUUAAUUUGCGCCUGCGUAAAAGAGAUAUCGCCCGAGACCCUUCGCUCGGUCGUGUUUUGAUAAGAAACGCCUUGUUAAUUUCACGCAACCGCUCGGAGAAAAGGUAAAAAUGACGAGGGAAAAACUUUACCUUCAAGUUAGAAAAUUAGCGAAAUAGAAAGCCACAAUAUUAUAGUUUAAUAUUUCAGAGGUACAUUGAGUGCUUUUUCCGUAGAGAAUCCGCACAGUGGUAAAACAUUCGAAAAUUACACUCGAUUUGAGUGGGGUGUUGAAGUGGGCGUGGUCGCUACAUUCAUUUUAAGACUAUUUGUACCCCAUGAGUUUGAUAUGCAACUGCUAACAGGUUGAUCAAAACAAAAACUUUUAGGCUUUCUUCAAGAAAAGUUGUAUCCUAUUUCCUUUUUUCAGCACUUCAAAUAGCCUCGACUAUAUUAGCAGGCAAUUUGGAUUAUAAAAGCAAACUCUAUCAGUUUUUGAAACCUGCAGUUGGAAGUCAUCCUCAAUGGGUGCUGUGCUACCGCGCCUCCUCUCACGGCUGGGCGGCCAGUAUCUUCCACAGAAGGUGUGAUGGGAAACGGAACACAGUCUCCAUCAUAAGAGUUGGACAGUACGUGUUUGGAGGAUACACGGACAUUUCAUGGGGUAAAAGAAUAUCUUUUCCUUAUUCUCUGCUUUGAUUGUAAUCCAGUGAAAUAAAGUGUAAUUAAUUUAAUUGUAAUCCAGUGACAUAAAGUUGUAUUUAAAGUAACAAUCUAACCUAAGCUUUUACAUCUUGACCCAAAAAAAUUAUCGAACAAGUUAUAAAUUCAUGAAAGGAAAAAGAAUUGAGCAGUCAAAACGUAUGAAAAUUUUUCUCUCUUUUUUAGUUAAUGUAACUGUCAAGUUCCCGUCUAAAAAAACGUUUAGUUAAACUUAAGGGAAGAAACUUAUUCUUCGCUAAUCUUUAAAGGCCAGUUAGCUUUCGAUCAGAUCCUCACUAUAUGAGUUGCGGCAUACCUAAACACAUCGUGUUUCCCAAAGAAUUAAACGACUGGAAAAGUUGUCGGAGUUUUUUUUUUCCAUGGUCUAAGGAACUUAAAAUUCAAUGUAUAAUAUGUUUAUUUCACAUCUUAUUCUUCAGAGUCCAGUGGUGGCUUCACAAGUACUUCCAAGGCGUUCAUAUUUUCACUCCGAAAUAACGAAGGACUGGCACCAUUCAAGAGCCUGGUUACUGUGUCUUAUUAUGCUAUUUACAGGAGUUCAAGCUAUGGGCCCACAUUUGGUGGAGGAUACGACAUUGCUAUUAUAGAUAAUGCAAACAGUAACACAAACUCCUACACACUCUUUGGCCAUUCUUAUUCACUCCCAAGUGGUAUAAAGGACCGAAAAACAAUCCUGGCUGGGACUUUUAAGUUCACACCUGAUGAGGUGGAGGUUUUCUAUCUUGGUUGAGUCAACACUGCUAUAUCAUAAUUCCACCACAAAUCCCGGUAAAAUAGUGACAUACUUCGAUUCAAUUUACCUUUUGGCUUUAUCAGCUGAAAAGCAGACCUUUUAAAACUAGUCUCAAACACUGAUGUUUUAUUGUUUCGCAAAAGAACAAUUUUGUUUGCUUUUCUUCCAUAUAUUGCAUGGUAAAAAAAUUUAAGGGGCUUCACCCGACGGUAGUUUGUAAAUCUUGACGUUUGCAUGAUGGGUAAAAUUCGUGAGGUUUGUCAGUGUUACAAUAUUUUUGGCCUAAUUUAGAGAUAAGAAACGAAAAUAUUCCUAGAACUUCCAAAGAAUUUAUUCUUGAAUGAUUCAGAUAGUUCUAACAAUUUUCCUAGAUGGAGGAGAUUUUAUUCCAUUAAGAUAAUAUGCGAAGAACGAGAUUCCAAUCUCAGAAGUGAUUCGAUUACGUAAUGCGAAGGAGGAAAAGUACAACGGUCGCGAGCAAACUCCUAUUUUUAACUCUAGAUAAUUAUAACUAAGUUAUUUCCAGUCCUGAGGACCAUAUUGAAAUUUGAGAUAAUUUCCUUAAAAUAGUCGUGAACGAUAAUAAACCGAGUUUUUAUGAAUACGGCUAAGGUUGAGAUGUAAUCAAUGAAAGUCGAAGACGGGCUGGAGAGAAUAAAUAAUCGUGCCUCGUGUUAAACAGCUAAUUCUUUCGAUGCUGCGGUCAAAAGUUAGCUUUUGGUUUGCUUAGUGAAUUUCUCUACAGCAACGAAACUCUAGAGCACUGACCAAUGGGGACCUUCGCCAUACUUAGUGCAAAGGAUAGUAUGUUAUGACCACAGAAGCAAACAUAACAACCCAAAGCAACUGAUCACGCGACCAUAAAGAAUGGUCCUCUUGACGAG